AUGAAAGAGUUAUCCUUCUUUCUCUUCAAGAAUUCUCUGGCUGCAAAGAUGAGGAAAGGCUUCAGAACUUUCUGCAAUGGCGACGGUUCAACCUCCACUCUCAACCAACACAAAACCAACCAGGAUCAGUUCCCCAUUUCGCCCGACCUGCACUGCAGACAAACCCCGCCAACCUUGGAGGAGAUGAUUUUGCAGUUGGAAUUAGAGGAGGAGACAGCAAGAAGAGCAAAACUCUACAACUAUGAUGAGAUGCGGGGCAGGAUGUCAUGUGUAAACAACUCGGAUAUCCUGCGAUCUGCACGAAAUGCUUUGAAUCAGUAUCCUCGGUUUUCUCUUGAUGGAAAGGAUGCAAUGUAUCGAUCUUCAUUUAGGAACUUGGAUGUUGCUGAAAGGGUUGGGAGGAAAUCAGUUUGCUGUGAGUAUGGUCUCAAAGGGAGAGUUCAUGAUAAUGAGUUCAACUUGACAUUGGAGACAGCCUUACGGUUGCCAUCAACAAUAGCUGGGGAGAAUGUCGUGUGGCGCAAACCAGGAGUGGUAGCCAAGUUGAUGGGUCUUGAGGCAAUUCCGAUGCCGCUGAAUGCUAGAAGUAGCAAAGCAACAUUGGACUCCAUAUUGAAGAGACAGAGUCUAAGGAAGAGAGCUAAGAGGCAAGAAAAAGAGAGAAGAUUUUCCGUGGACUAUCCUGGUUCUGAUGGCACUAUAACAGGAAUGUUAAGUUCUUGCAGUUCAAACAAUGGGUGCUAUAUCGUGAAGCCAAUUGCAACAGAAUCAGCAGCAUGGAGAGCCAGGGAAUUUCUUUAGGUUUCAUUUCCCACUGUUGCAACACAAUGUCCCAAAAAUCAACAAAGACGAACUCCAUAUUUUAGCCAUUACGUUGACGUGGGAUCCUGCACUAGCCAUAAAGCAAGUGGUUCUUGAGGCACUCAAAAAUCUGUCGACAAACAAGGGAACAGUGUUUUGUUAAUCUUUAGAUAUAUAAAAAUAACAAACCAAAUUUCUGAUAGUCA